CUGUUUUUGCCUAACCUACGAACAAAUAUAUAUACGGACAGAGAAGUCUACUGUGUGUGUUUUUCUCUGAGCCCAUGUCACCGGCGACGAUGAUAGCCUUCAUAGAGCGAUUUCUUCACGAAAACGACGUGGAUUCGAUACAAGAAUUGGAAGCGAAAGAAGAAGAUGAUAUUUUGGUCCUCUUCAGGGGGAUGGAAUUACAGGGGACCGUGGAAUACGGGUUUCACGGCUCCGCCAGUAAAGACUUCGGCGGCAUGCAAUCUUCGAAGCCGUUGGCUGUAAUUAGGCCGGCCGAUAGGGAGGACGUAGCCAAGGUGAUAAGGCUAGCGUCAAGGUUAGAACAUCUGACCGUCGCCGCCAGGGGCAACGGUCACUCCGUCAACGGGCAGGCCAUGGCCCACCGUGGCUUCGUCGUCGACAUGAAAUCUAUGGACCCCAUAAUUGAGGUCGGCCCCACCGGGACAUACGCUGACGUCAGCGGCGGGACAUUGUGGGAGGAGGUCUUGAAACGCUGCGUUUUGAGUCACGGCCUGGCCCCACGGUCGUGGACCGAUUAUCUUGGAUUGACGGUGGGCGGGACGCUGUCCAACGCCGGCGUUAGUGGACAGACAUUCAUCUACGGUCCACAAACGGAGAAUGUAACGGAGUUAGAGGUGGUCACCGGAAAAGGCGACGUCACCGUUUGUUCCCGUAGUCAAAAUUCAGAACUUUUCUUUAGCGUUCUUGGCGGAUUAGGCCAAUUUGGCAUCAUUACUCGGGCUCGGGUAUUGCUUCAACCCGCCCCGAAUAAGGUGAGAUGGAUAAGGGUGGUAUACAGUGAGUUCAGCGAGUUCAGUCGAGAUGCUGAGUUACUUGUGACUCAGUCGGAGGGUGACUCAUUCGACUACGUUGAAGGAUUUGUGUUUGUGAACAGUGAUGACCCUGUGAAUGGGUGGCCGUCCGUGCCGCUGGACGCGAACCAUCCAUUUGACUCAACCCGUAUCCCUCGGAAUGCCGGCCCCGUACUUUACUGCCUUGAGGUGGCAUUGCAUCAUACAAAAGAGUCAGACGAUCGCCGCUGCACGGUUGGCAUAGUAA